AUGAAGAAGCUGCAAGGAGAGAAAUCUCCGAAGAAUAUUAAUGAUACUCUCAAGGAAUUGUUUGGGAUCAUUCCUGGGGACGGGGACCCAUUGCAGGAGCGAGGCGAUUUCUCAUGCAGACGUUGUGCCGUCGUGGGCAACUCUGGCAACCUUCGUCAGUCUCAAUAUGGCCAAGACAUUGACUCCCAUGACUUCGUGCUCAGAAUGAACCGGGCACCCACCAUUGGUUACGAAUCAGAUGUUGGGAGCAAGACGACCCACCACUUUGUUUAUCCUGAGAGCUACAAAGAGCUGGCAGAAAAUGUGAGCAUGAUCGUGAUCCCCUUCAAAACCCUGGACCUGCGCUGGAUUGUCACCGCUCUCACCACAGGCACUAUCAACUUCACAUAUGUUCCUGUUCCACGGAAAAUCAAAGUCAAAAAAGAAAAGAUCCUGAUUUACAAUCCAUCUUUUAUCAAAUACGUCUAUGAAAACUGGCUUCAGAAUCAUGGGAGAUACCCUUCCACAGGCCUUCUUUCUGUGAUAUUUGCACUCCAUGUAUGCGAUGAGGUGAAUGUGUAUGGUUUUGGAGCAGACAGCAAAGGACACUGGCAUCACUACUGGGAAAACAACGCUUCAGCUGGGGCUUUCCGACAGACAGGUGUCCAUGAUGGGGAUUUUGAGUUCAAUGUAACUUUGACUCUUGCCUCCAUUGAAAAAAUAAAAUUUUUCAAGGGCAGAUGACCCUAGCCACAGGGAAGAGUAGGGGCUGCAAUUUCCAACAUGCAGCAGCACAAAGCUCAGUGACGAUGAUCUGGAUGCCAGCCAGGUUUGAAGGUGUGAAUCUGGAGUGGAUUCGGAGUGUCACACCGCUGCAGUGCUCACCACAGGGAGCUCGGCCGAGGACCAGCCUCAGUGCUGCACUUGAUUUGCUAUCUAUAGAUAGCUGGAAACUACCGAUCAGUUGUGGGAACAAAUGACAUCCUGACUCACUCCUUAGGCUCUACAGAUUGAUUCCUGAAUUAUUGGUGAAAGAUCUACCUGUUGCAAUUUGGGGAAAUUUGGGCACAGGAACUGCUGUUUGUAUGACCAUUCUUUCCUUGAGUGAGGCAAGAAGUCCUUGAGGAACAUGGAAAAUGUCUUCUAGGAUUUGACACCUACUAAAAUAGCUCUAAACAUCAUAGUAAGGAUUACCUCAAAGAAAUGAAUUCAGUUCUGCUGUUAAUUUUCUUUUCGAAUUCUCUUCUGUUUCCUCUAUUACUUCUGGUUUCAUGCACUAUAAAGCAAAAAUGUGAUGAAGUUGCCUGGAGUAGUAACUGUUUCUACCAUUGCCACAUUCUGCAUUGAUGGCAUGUAGAAAAUAGAAAUCAAAUCACCUAUGAUCAUUACUUAUUUAUUAUUACUUCCUAUACAGCCAUAGUAAGAAAAAAAAA